UCAUGUAUAUAUAGUGUCCUAGUGAUAAAUAACUUCAAAUAAGUUAGAUAUGGCAAGAGUUGAUCAAAUAAGCUGCUUUGUUAUUUCUUUGUUCCUAUUAUUAUGCUCACUAACAAUUUCAGAAGGCUUUCAUUAUGCAUGGUUUCAACACAAGCCUUCAACAGAACAAAAUUGGUUAAACCAUGGUGGAGACAUAUACAACAGAAGAUAUGCUAGCAAUGAGCACAAAAUCAACCUUAAAACAAUUAGCAACUUAAGUUUGAAGUGGAAAUUCUAUGCAGGCAAAGACAUAACUUCAACACCAUCAAUUUUCAAUGGAACAAUUUAUUUUCCAUCAUGGAAUGGAUACAUAUUUGCAGUAAAUGAAAUUGAUGGAUCACUUGUUUGGAAAAAGAAUUUGACAGAAUUAACAGGACUAAAUGCAACAGGGUUUGUAACAAAUGCUAAUUGGACUUUGGCUAGAGCAACACCAACUAUAGCUUAUGAUGAAGAUCUUGUGAUUGUGGGAUUAUAUGGGCCAGCUGUAGUUAUUGCUUUGAAUAGAUUUAAUGGUGACUUAAUUUGGCAGACCCGUUUGGAUGACAAUGAUGCCGGUGUUGUUACCAUGUCCGGUACUUAUUAUCGAGGGGCUUAUUAUGUUGGUUCAUCAUCACUAGAAGAAAUCAAAAGCAUUGAAGAAUGUUGCACCUUUAGGGGAAGUUUUUCAAAGUUAGAUAUUAAAACUGGUGCUAUUUUAUGGCAAACUUUUAUGUUACCUGAUAACAAAGGAAAAAGAGGAGAAUAUGCUGGAGGAGCAUUAUGGGGAAGUAGUCCGCCGAUUGAUUCAUCGAGAAAUCAUAUAUACAUUGCAACCGGAAAUUUGUACUCUGCGCCUUUACGAAUAACGCAAUGUCAAGAGAAACAAAAUAAUUUAACAAAACCAACUCAUCUUGAUGAAUGUAUUGAAGAAGAAAAUCAUUCUAAUUCAAUCUUAGCACUUGAUUUAGACAAUGGUGAAAUUAAAUGGUUUCAUCAAUUUGGUGGAUAUGAUGUUUGGUUUCUUGCUUGUAAUAAUUUGUCAGUGGCUAAUUGUCCACCUGGACCUAACCCAGAUGCUGAUUUUGGAGAAGCACCAAUGAUGCUCACAAUUAAUGAUGUUAAUGGUACUAAACAAGAUGUUGUUGUUGCUGUACAAAAGAGUGGUUUUGCUUGGUCUUUGCAACGUGACUUUGGCAAUCUCAUUUGGUCUACGGAAGCUGGACCUGGUGGAGUUGCAGGAGGUGGAACAUGGGGAGCAGCAACAGACACAAAAAGAGUGUACACAAACAUUGUUAAUUCAAAUCAUAAAAACUUUACACUUAAACCCUCCAACAAGACAACAAAAACUGGAGGUUGGGUAGCAAUGGAAGCAAAAAGUGGCAAAAUCUUGUGGUCCAUAGAAAAUCCUAGUAAUGCAACUACUAAUGGGCCUGUUAGUGUUGCUAAUGGCAUUGUCUUUGUAGGAUCCACAAAUGUGAAUGGAACUAUCUAUGCAAUUAAUGGUAAAAAUGGUGAAAUUCUUUGGUCUUAUGAAUCUGGAUCAACUGUUUAUGGUGGAAUUUCAAUAAGCAAUGGUUGCAUAUAUUUUGGAAAUGGUUAUACUUUAGGUCUUGCAACUGUUAUUGGAGGCCUCACUGGUGGUACUUCACUUUAUGCUUUUUGUGUCUAAUUGUAAAUUACUACUAAAACUAUGGUUUGUGAUAUUAGAUAUAAAUAAAAAGUAUAUGACAUAUUUUAUGGUGAUGGACAUGACCAUAUUAAAAUAUGUAAUAUUGUCUCUUGUACUUGUUUGUGUGGAUGCUAAUUAAGGAAUUGUAGAAGUAUGUGUUUGA